GGUCCGGGCAAGACUCACUCUGGCGGAGGGCCAGCGGGGCAGUGGUGCGGCCGAGCAUCAUGGCGCGCUGGCUCGUCCCGGCCGCGGCCUGGCGGAUGGCGCCGGUGAGAAAGGACAUGGCGAGUGUUGCGAAAAGGAAGAAGGUGCGUGCGCAAAAGCAGCGAGAAAGCCGGUCGGUCUGAAAGGAGAGGGGACCAGGUGAACGGGUGAAGAAGAAGAAAGGGACGAGCUAUAAGCAAGACCGACUGUCGAUUAGAAAUUCCGUUUGCAGCCGUGUCCUGUCUUCUGGCCGGGUUCUCUCAUUUUUGCCACGUGCGUGAUGCCCGCCUUCAUCCACGUGUAAGCCGACGAUGGCUCGAGCCACCUAACAGUCGCCUCGUCCAACGACUGCUCACCACAGACGACCAUGGACAGCUUCCGACGGAUCGAUAUUGACAAGUACGACGAGGACGUGCUGCUGGACGAGGAACUCAUCGAGCAGGAUCCCCGGAGCCCGACGGAGUUGGCUGGUCUCGCGCAAAAAAAGGCCGGAGAGGUCCGAAGUCUUGUGGGAAGAGGGGACGCGAAGGGUGCACUGACGCUUCUGCUUGCUGAGGCGCCGUAUGGGGAACUUAACGUCGAUGCAAAGCAAACGACGCUGUCGUCGCUCCUCGACAUUCUCAAUGCGACGCGCUCGUCGGACAUUGCCACGAUUGUCAAGCAGCUCAGCCUCGACGAGCAGGACACGCUCAUGAAGUACAUCUACAAGGGCCUCUCGGUGCCCGAGCUCGGUGCGAGUCCCGUCCUGCUUGGCUGGCACGAGAAGCUCACCGAGGUGGCGGGAACUGGGUGCAUCGUGAGGGUCAUGACAGACCGGAGGAGAGUGUAGAUUGGGAGCGAGAUCCCAGCUGGGCUCAAUCUAUGGGCAUUAAUCUUGUCAAGUGAUGUGGAAGUGGAGUCAAGGAAGAAGUGAGAAGGUCAAUGCUGGGGUCCAGGUGGACAUCGUCAACGAGAAAGCUAGCAGAAUGUGCAACAUUUUCGCGGCAGGGCAUCGUCACAGUGUUCACGGCAGGA